UCUCUUCAAAUCAGGCAUAGUAGAGUGGCCAAGAGCAGCAAAAGACAGGAGAUAUAUAAAGCAGCGAGGAAGAGAGAGAGAGAGAGAGUGAGAGAGGAAGCGGAGGAGUAAUCAAGGGAUGUGGGAGAGCUCUAUCGAGAUCGGAUGAAAUGGACACGCCGGAGCGGAGCAAGGUCGGCGGCACGCCGAUCUCGAAGUUUGAGGAUUCUCCGGUGUUCAACUUCAUCAAUAGUUUGUCUCCAAUUCAACCUGUUAAAUCAGUGCACAGCAUACAUACAUUUCAUUCACCUGGUUCUGCAGCAAUUUCUUCAGUCUUUUCUUCACCACAUGUCAGCUUCCAUAAGGAAUCUAGAUUCUUCAUAAGGCACCCUUUUCCGGAUUCAGUAAAACAGGAUGCCUCUUCUGAUGGCUUGGAUGAAAGCAACGUACAUUCUGGGGUUUCAAAUGGUGCUGUACUUUCCGCUUCCAUUGUGCUUUCCCAAGAAAAUUGCAAUAUUACCUGCUCUUUGAAUGAGGCUUCUGUUGACCUUGCGGAUGAUAGCUCAACCCAACCUGAUUUUUCCCAGUCCGUGCAAGUUGAUAAUGGUAGUCCAAACCAUAAUACUUCACCUUUCUAUGGUGUUAAGUUGGAUUUUAAACUAGACAUCAGCUGCACUCCAUCAGAACGGGUUAAGUUAGUUCAAAAUAUGUCAGAAAACACAAAAAAUCCUCACACCACUAAGAUUGGCCUUGAGGUGCAGUUUCCAGCAGAUCAAAUGAAGGAGGAUGCUUCUGAAAGUGAUUGGGACAACUUAAUAUCUGAUAAUACUGAUGAUUUGUUGAUUUUUGAGACAGCUACUGGUUCAGAAACUAGCAAGUCCGAAGAAAAGGACUAUGGAAUUUCACUGAAUUCACAUCCCAAUGCUUCUGGCCUUCACAAUGUUUCUCAAGAUUCUUUUAUGGAUGAUGAUGGAGAGACUGGCGAGCAUGAUGGAAUGAGCCCCACACGGUCUAGCGCUUGCCAAGAACACGAAAAUUUUGUUGAUCUAAAUCUGAAAACCGAAGCUGAACUUAAUAAUGGUGUACCAUUAGGCUGUAAGGUUGACUCUCAGCAACAUCGGGGAGUGAGAAGGCGUUGCCUUGUUUUUGAGGCGGCUGGAGUUUCUAAAAAGAAUAUUCAUAACAACUCUAAUGCUCCUCCAUCUAUUAGUUUGCCAAUCAAUGCAAAACCUAAUUCAGAAAAUCGACAGCUAGUGUCUUCAAAGACCUCUAAAACUCCAGUCCCAUAUGUUUUACCUGGUAUUGGGUUACAUUUGAAUGCUCUUGCAAGAACUUCGAAGGAUAGGCCAAUUUCACAGAAAACUAAGACUCCUGGGAGAGAAUUUAUCAGUAGGCCUUGUUCUAUGCGCCCUUUUUCCCCGGCAAUAGCUGGAGAAAACCAGUCAUUUAAGCUCUCAGAUCCUCACCAAAGUCCUGAUCCUAAUGGCAGUGAACUUCAUGACAGUCAGGCUGUGCAUUCUGAUGUUUCAUUGAUACCUGCACUUGGGAUUGAAGAAUCAACUAGCCCUAAAAAGAAAAGGCGUAAGACAGAAAAUAGUGGUGAAAAUGAAGGCUGCAGGCGAUGCAACUGCAAGAAGUCCAAAUGCUUGAAGCUAUACUGUGAGUGCUUUGCUGCUGGAGUAUAUUGUGUUGAGCCAUGUUCAUGUCAAGGAUGCUUAAAUAAACCCGUCCAUGAAGAGACUGUUCUUACUACCCGCAAGCAGAUUGAAUCUCGUAAUCCUCUUGCAUUUGCCCCUAAAGUUAUUAGAACAUCUGAGCAUGAUCAGGAAAUGGGGGAAGAAAGCAACAAGACACCAGCUUCUGCAAGGCAUAAAAGAGGGUGUAAUUGCAAGAAGUCAAAUUGCCUGAAGAAAUACUGUGAAUGCUAUCAGGGUGGAGUCGGAUGCUCUUUUAGCUGUCGAUGUGAAGGCUGCAAAAAUGCAUUUGGAAGGAAAGACGGAUUUGAGGAAAUUGAAUUUGAAGAAGACCUUGAUGCUUGUGAGAAGGAAGGUGUAAAGUCAGAUGAUGGCAAAGCUAAUGCAAAUGUUCCAAAACUUGAGCAUAAUCAUUUAUCAGAAAGCAUUUUACCCGUCACUCCUUUCCCUUCUUGCAGGUCUUCUGUUAAAUUGCCAUUUCUCUCAAGUGGAAAACCUCCUCGGUCUUCUACUCUUUCAUUAAUGAACAGAUCUGAAAAUCAACAAGCAGAAUGCAAGUCUGACCAGAUUUUUCAUGAUGAUGAUACUUCUGAAGAUUUAAGAGUUAACUCUUCACCUUGUACUGCUGUGAAGACUGCUUCUCCCAAUGGGAAAAGAGUUUCUUUACCACUCAAUGGAUUUGGGCUGUCUCCCAACCUUAAGGGUGGCCGGAAACUGAUCCUGAAAUCUAUUCCUUCAUUUCCAUCUCUCACUACCGAUGCACCCAGUAGCACUCAAAUCAAUUCUUCUGUAUUCAGUUGAGGCAGCUUGAAUAUGGAGGCUAUGUUUUAAUUGAAUUCUCUUAGGCUGGAAUAGCACGAAUCGGUCUGUUGUUAGAAUUUGUUAAUUACUGAGCUAUGUACUUUGUAAUCUGACGCUUUUUAAUCCUUUCUACAUAUGUUGCUAUUGUAAUACUGUAAGGGGAGCCUGAUAUGAUUCCUCAUGUUAUGGUUAACCAUGAAUGUGGUUUAAGAAAGCAAUGAUGAGGAUGCUUUAUGGCAUGCAUAUCACCGCAGGAUCUCUACUAUUUAUAAUUUAAUUUUGGACUGUAACUUUCUGGUUUUCUUGACGGGUUUAAGGGACUCUAAAGACUUUUCUA